AUGACCGCCACACACUUCUCGUCCUCGCCAGCAGCGCAGGGCGAUCCGCAGUACGACGAACUCCUCCAGCGCCUCGAAGCCAUAGAACUGCGCUCUACCGCCCGCUCAGCACCAACAGCCCCGGCCCGACCCUCCAGCAGGAACUCACCCCAGCCCGGCCAGCAAGAGGACGACCAGGACGAGUCCCACUUCACCGCCGACCAGCCGUCCAGGGUCCCUUUGCACCGACUCUUCGAGCAGCCAGGCACACUCCCUGAAAUCAGCGAAAGCAUGGGCGAAGCCAACACACUCGCCCACCAGUCGAGCAACACCUCCGACGACAGCAUGGCCUCACGCCGGCCCUCUACGCCUCGCUCGCAAACCGAUCCUGCACCGGGCAUCACUCCCACAUAUCAGACGAAGCCACGCAACCGGUCGCCCUACGCUCGCUCCCACAUGCGUUCUCAGAGCGGCCACAGUGCACUCGCUCCCCCGAUGACCAGAGCGCACUCGUUGCCCAUUGUUAUGCAGUCCAUUCCAGGGCGCCAGCCGUCGAUCAGCCGCCUCACACUCUCGCCCUCGCCCAUGCCACUCGACCGCCCUUCGUCUCCCCUCCGCUCGCCCAAGCCGCGCAGUCCACGAACAGUCGAGCCGCGCCUAUCAACCACAGGUAUGCAGGAACGAUACGGCUCUGGCAUACGUCCAGCUUCUGUGGGUUCGUUCGAAGGAGCUCCCAGCGUCUGCGACAUUGCGGAGGAUGCAGAGCUUGAGCUCACGCCGCGCGCCACCAGCAGCAGCAGCAUAUCCAGCCUGUACAGCAGCGCUGGUUCAUUGUCUAGGCGCAGGCGGCCAGCAUCUCCCCUCUAUAACGUCGCCAUACCUUUUGGCGCACUCCCGACCAGCACCCCUUCUGCCAGCACACCAACCUCUACAGCAUCCUCCCCCAUGCUAGCGCCUUCCAAGUUCAACGAGCACUACCCGUCCUCCUUCGCCUCCUCGUCGGUCCCAUCUACACCAACCUCGAUGCGCUCUCGCAGUCCCUCCAUCUCAUCCCUCGAAACAAUAGAAGACAGCCCUGAUGCCGAGGAUAUGGCCCUCGAAUCAGAACGCAUUGCCCAGCUGAAGGCAGCAGCCGACCGCGAAGACGGUGGUGAUCUUCGCCGAUCUAGUCUGGAUGUGCCUGAAGGUCGCGGCCGUGGCUUCAACUCUGGAAAGAGAGACGCUAGGAAGCGCUGGAGUGUCUGUGGAGGCGAAAGACGUGUAGACCUCUCGCUCGGCACAGUCUGGGAGGACUGA